UUGUAAAAAUUGUAAAUCGAGACGGUGAAGUAAGCCGACGAGCCUUAUCCCGUCCAGUUACUUUCUCACAAUCAAGGCUCGACGAAGAUGUCUUGCUUGGUCGUCUCAUCAACUUGCUCGCUCCUCCCCUUCGACUCUAGUCUCACUGGUUCAACUCGUUCCAGCAAACUCGGCUCUUCACUCUCAUGGCAAUCUUCAUUUCCCAAAUUCUCCAUCGAUAUCGGCUCUGUUAUUUCCUCUCCCAUUGUCAAGAAGGACUCUUUUAUUCAAGCUGCCUGGACUAGGAGAUCACGUGGCGAAGCAGCGAAAAGACCCAACAAGAAGUCAUGGAAGCAAAGAACUGACAUGUACAUGAGACCUUUCCUGCUCAACGUCUUCUUCUCCAGGAAGUUCAUUCACGCCAAAGUUAUGCAUAGACCAACAAGCAAAGUCAUCUCAGUGGCCACCACUAACGCAAGAGAUAUAAGGACGAAUAUACCUUCUCUUGUGGAUGACGAAGCGUGCAGACUCAUCGGCAAGCUCAUAGCUGAGCGCUCAAUGGAAGCAGACGUCUACGCUGUGUCCUAUGAGCCAAGAAAGGGAGAGAGGAUUGAAGGGAAGCUAGGGAUUGUUAUCGAUACCAUUAAAGAACAUGGCAUUAUUUUUGUUCCUUGAUUUGGCAUUUUCAUUACCAAGAAUGGUCUGUGUUCUGUUUUGCAUAAUGGUUCAAGAACACAUAGUUGUUACAAAGACAGUGGAGUAUUAAAAGGUGAUUAUAUAAUUAUAUUAUUGUUAUGUA